CCCUUCCAUUUGUAAUCGUGUAACUUAUUUGGUAAUAUUGUGCUCGCAAACCUAACGCCAGCUAACGUUAGCAAAUGGGGCUUGCAAAUGAGCUAGGAUAACGUUAACGUUAACUUGAUUUCCAGCUACCAUCAAGCAUUGCUAUUGAUAGCUUGCUAGAUAACGUUUUAGUCAACAUUACAGGACAAUCAAUUAUUUUCCCAUAGAUGCCUACCGUUAGCGUUCGUUUUGAAGAGGUAUUAAGAAUGAGCAGUCAACAUUGCCCUGUUAACGUUAACUUACUUUUGUUUUAGCAAGUCGACUGUUUCCUUUUUAUAUGAUGCCAUGAGAUAGUAACGUUAACGUUAUAACGUUACAAGCUGUUCAAGUUAGCCAAGUGUGAACCAAAUUGUUUAGCUGCUACAUUAACGAAGCCACUGGGAGGGUUAACGUUAAUAUUAAUGGGAUUUAGUGGUUAACAGUUUUCUUAAGCUUUGACAUAACUUCAAGAUGUAGACAUUUAUUUAGCAAACGUUAGCUAACAGCCAACACGAAUUAACCAUUGACAGAAAAGGCUGCUGUUUAUAAACUGACAACUGUUAGCUACUAGCUGACAAAGCAGGCAACCUUAAUCAACUAAGCUUACUAAACUAAGUAUCCAGUUUAUAUCCCUCUCUUGCAAGUUAACUGUAGCAGCUACGUUAUGCCUCUAGGAGUAUUGUUCUAGAAGCUAACGUUAGAACACCUCGGUUGUGUAUUUAUCUAACGUUAUCAUGUCUGUUGGCUAGCACAAUUAGCCAGUUAGCUGCUGAUAUGGAAACAGCUGUCGUAAUGCAAUUAUCCGCUAUAUAUUUUCGACUGAUAUGUGUAGUUAAUUCCCUAAAUAGUUGUUUUAUAUCCCGCUGAAAGUGUCAUUGCUCUGGCCUUACUCAAUAAUAGGUUAGUGAUAGGUAGCUAGCUUCGGUAAGGUAUCCGUAACGGACAGUUAGCUAAGCUUGCUUGUUGUUUUCCUUCUGCAACGUGAGUUUGACAACUUAUUGGUGCUUCGCUUUCGUUUAACGUUAAAGUUACUUAAUUGAAUGACAUUUGUGUCCUACACGUAAAGAUGUGGGAUCCUCGGUACUUGGUUGACAGAUGCAACGUUAGUUGACAGGUUGGUUAGGCUAGCAAUGUCAGCACUGUAAACGUUACUCAAUUUAUGGUGCAGAAGAACUGCCGUGCAUGAAUUCAUAUCUGCGAGUAAUUGUGAAACGGUUACAGAUUGCCAUGGGGUUUUAAAAUGACAAAAAAAAUGUUGACGAAUCUGCAUCGCUGAUCUAAUUAAAGAAAUUGGUUGGAUUGACUUAUUGCUCUUCAGAGAUCAUGCCAUUGGUUGGUAGUACACUAGGUUGAGCCUAUAAUCUGAGCCUAUAAUUUGUCGCUCCGUUAAAUUGGAUCCAGAGGACAAGUUCUGAUUGGUAGCCUACUUGUGAGAUCUGUGUGUGCUGUGCUUUUGAACAUUUAGUGAAUUCUUGUUGCACCUUGUGUGGCAGGUUGGUUGAAGGAGGUAAACCAGUAGUCGUUAGUGUGAAGACGUGUAUGUUUAUUCAGACAUGUACAGUGAUCUCUAUUGGACUGAUCGGUGUUCAGUAUAAUUAAGAUGGACCAGCAGCAGCAGGGUCAGUCCUACAUGCUUGCCAGUCUGACGCGACCCCACUCUGAGCAGCUGUUGCAGGGCCUCCAGCUGCUCCGCCAGGACCAUGAGUUGUGCGACAUCGUGCUGCGGGUGGGCGAUGCUAAAAUCCACGCCCACAAAGUGGUGCUGGCCAGCAUCAGCCCUUACUUCAAGGCCAUGUUCACGGGCAACCUGUCGGAGAAGGAGACCUCCGAGGUGGAGUUCCAGUGCAUCGACGAGACUGCGCUACAGGCUAUUGUAGAGUAUGCCUACACCGGAACAGUCUUCAUCUCCCAGGACACGGUGGAAUCACUCCUGCCGGCUGCCAACCUCCUCCAGGUCAAGCUGGUGCUGAAGGAGUGCUGCAGCUUCCUGGAGAGCCAGCUGGACGCCGGCAACUGCAUUGGCAUCUCCCGCUUCGCCGAGACCUACGGCUGCCACGACCUGUGCCUGGCCGCCACCAAGUUCAUCUGCGAGAAUUUCGAGGAGGUGUGUCAGACGGAGGAGUUCUUUGAGCUUACUCGCACCGAGCUGGACGAGAUCGUUUCCAACGACUGCCUAAAGGUGGUCACCGAGGAGACGGUGUUCUUCGCUCUGGAGUCGUGGAUCAAGUACGACCUGUCAGAGCGGCAGCAGCAUCUGGCCCAGCUGCUGCACUGUGUGCGUCUGCCACUGCUCAGCGUCAAGUUCCUCACGCGCCUCUACGAGGCCAACCACCUGAUCCGCGAUGACCACGCCUGCAAACACCUGCUCAAUGAGGCACUCAAGUACCACUUCAUGCCAGAGCACCGGCUCUCCUACCAGACGGUGUUGUCCACACGGCCACGCUGCGCCCCCAAAGUCCUGCUAGCUGUCGGGGGCAAAACUGGACUCUUUGCCACACUUGAGAGCAUGGAGAUGUACUUCCCUCAGACGGACUCGUGGAUCGGCCUGGCACCACUAAGCGUGCCACGCUACGAGUUUGGUGUGGCGGUCCUGGACCAGAAGGUCUACGUGGUGGGCGGCAUCGCCACGCACAUGCGCCAGGGCAUCAGCUACCGGCGGCACGAAAGCUCUGUGGAGCGCUGGGACCCUGACAGCAACACGUGGUCGUCGGUGGAGCGCAUGGCAGAGUGCCGCAGCACGCUGGGUGUGGUAGUGCUGGCGGGGGAGCUGUAUGCGCUAGGCGGCUACGACGGACAGUACUACCUGCAGUCGGUGGAGCGCUACGCACCCAAGGUGAAGGAGUGGCAGCCUAUUGCACCCAUGACUGAGUCACGCAGCUGCUUCGCCACCGCCGUGCUGGACGGCAUGAUCUACGCCAUCGGGGGCUAUGGCCCCGCACACAUGAACAGUGUUGAGCGCUACGACCCGAGUAAAGAUGCCUGGGAAAUGGUAGCCCCCAUGGCAGACAAGCGCAUCAACUUUGGGGUGGGGGUCAUGCUUGGCUUCAUCUUCGUGGUGGGUGGGCAUAACGGUGUGUCCCACCUGUCCAGCAUCGAGAGGUAUGACCCUUACCAGAACCAGUGGACCGCCUGUCGUCCCAUGAAUGAGCCUCGCACAGGGGUUGGGGCUGCCGUAGUAGACAACUACCUCUACGUGGUUGGGGGUCACUCUGGGUCAUCGUAUCUAAACACCGUGCAGCGCUAUGACCCCAUCACGGACAGCUGGCUGGAUUCCAGCGGCAUGAUGUGCUGCCGCUGUAACUUUGGCCUCACUGCCCUUUGACCCUAGGAGUGCCAGGGAAGGACUCUCUCCAGAGAGGGGCGUGAAGGAUGAAGAAGGGGAAAAAAUCGAAUGGUUUUCUUUUGGGGUUUGUUUCUGUUCUAUGUCCUCUACGCCGUCCGGAUGAUCCUCAUUUCGCUCUGUGGUGGCGGAGGGGAGGCAGGGGCCUAGGGAGCAGUCUGAAACGCUCCCCCCCUGUUGGACGGGAGGAGUAAGUGCAUGCAGGAUGAAGCAGCCAAAAACUGGCAUCAGAGACCACAAAGAUGACCAGAGACCGAGACCAGCUGAGGAACAGGAGGAUGAGGACGAGGAGGCAUCAUCAAGGUUCCAUCCCUGUACAAAAUAAAUGUUGUGAUGGGAGAUGUCCACACACUUGACCUGCCUCUUCAGUGUUGGCUUCUUUGGCCAUUUCCACCACUACAAGAAGGUGAACUCAUGGCCAUAUAUGUAAUCUGAAAACGUGAAACUGCAAAAUGAAGGGAUAUGUAUGUAUGAUUGUAUGUGUGUAUGUAUAUAUGUGUAUUUUAUAUAUAUUUUUUUUUUGUUUGCGUUUUCUUAUUUAUCAUGGCCUAACCAUGUCCUGCUUUGCCACCACUCACCAAAGUGCUUGUUUUUUUUACAACAGAAUGAGGACUGAUAUCAAGUAUGGAGGUGAACAAAAAGGACUGUGUAGGUGUGUGAGGUCGUUAUUUGAAAAACUGAUGUCAAUGUUAGCCAAAUGUCAAUGUAACAACCUUGCUUCUUUUUACAUUUCACAUGGGCGUGUCUGAACGUUGUCUGAAUUCAGUUGAUGUUGAAUUUGACGGACCUGUGGAUUAUUACUGGAAUUAAGAUAGGUGAUACCCAGGUAGAGUCGGACUCCGGUCCUGGCCAAACAGAUCCACAGCAGAUUGGUGCCGGAUCAGCUUAGAGGUCCAGUACUGCUUGAGUAGAAGCAGAAUUUUCCAACACUUAACAAGCAGAGUGAAUUUGAGUUCUGCCAGUUUAUUUAUCUGUGUGGUGCAAUUGUACCGAGUUAAGACAAAAUAAAAUGCCUGCCUUACAA